AGAUUAUUCUUAACCAUGCCAUUUACCAAGACCCGUGCCCAUAACGAAUUCAGAAGUGACACCUUUACGGUGCCCACACCAUCCGUGCUUGCUGCUGGGAUGGCCUCCACCACCACGCUCGGCGACGCCGUGUACAACGAGGACCAGACGACCCUUGCCUUGGAAGCUAAGGUUGCGGCCAUUACUGGGAAAGAAUCCGGCUUGUUUGCGGUUUCCGGGACCUUGUCCAACCAGAUUGCGAUUAGAACGCACUUGCUCCAGCCUCCGCACUCGGUGUUGUGCGACCACAGAUCGCAUAUCUACAUCGAUGAGGCUGGUGGAUUGGCUACGUUGUCGCAGGCGAUGGUUUCCCCCGUGAGACCUACUAACGGAAUCUACGUCACCUUGGAAGAUCUCAUCGAGAACUACAUCCCAGACCACGGCGACAUCCACUUGGCGCCCACCAAGGUUGUCUCCUUGGAAAACACCUGCAACGGAAUUGUUAUGCCGUUGGACGAGAUCAAGCGGAUUUCUGCCUGGUGCAAGGAAGAGGGCCUCAAAUUACACCUCGACGGUGCGCGCUUGUGGAACGCCCACGUAGCUACUGGUAUCUCCAUGAGAGAGUACUGCUCGUAUUUUGACUCUAUUUCCUUGUGUUUAUCCAAGUCGUUGGGGGCGCCUGUGGGGUCUGUGUUGGUGGGAACCAAGCAGUUCACCUGCAAGGCGAACCACUUCAAGAAGCAGAACGGCGGUGGGAUCAGGCAGUCUGGGAUCCUCACCGCGAUGGCGUCGGUGGCGAUCGACGAAAACCUCCCGCAGUUGGCGGUUGCCCAGGCGUAUGCAAAGGACAUGGAGCGCUUUUUAGAGCAACACCAGAUCGCACUCGAGUGGCCGGUCCACACCAACUUUGUGUUUAUUGACACCAAGAAGAUGAAAAUGAGCACGGACUUGUUGGAGGAAUUGGGAAAGAAGUAUGAUGUUAACUUGAUGGGCAACAGAAUUGCGUUUCACUUCCAGAACUCGCCGGAGGCUGUGGAAAAUGUCAAGAAGGCUGUAUUGGAGUGUUACCAGGAUAGCUUGACUAACCCGUAUGAUGUCCGCGGUGCCCUCAGGACCUAUAAGAUUGAUAACUAGGCUGUAGAGCACCAUCUAUAUUUUUAGUUAUUUAUCCUUAGACUAUUUAUUUAUUACCAUCUCAAACUCUGCGCGCUGUUUCUGAAAUUACUGACCAUUCUAUCUGAUAGGUGACAAUUAUUAUCAAUUCCAUAGACUGCGACAGAAUCUGAACGAGAAAGUCUCUGCAAAGGAAGGGACCAAAUUUAAUGAUUAUUAAGCACCAUU